AAAAAAACCUGUAUAAAACCCUGAUAUAAGACCAACCUCUCUCUCUCUCUCUCUCUCUCUCUCUCUCAGACGCUCAGAAGCUCUGUCACCGCCACUAUGGCUCAGUUGAACACCAACAUCGCCUUUCACGCUCCAAAAUCAGCACUGCCCAGUUACAGUGAGACUGAAGUAGCUGGAUCUACAAAGGAAAGAGGAUUACGUGGCAAAUUGAACAAGGUUGUUCUGGCCUAUAGUGGUGGCUUAGACACGUCAGUCAUUGUCCCAUGGCUAAGGGAGAACUAUGGUUGUGAAGUUGUUUGCUUCACUGCCGACGUGGGUCAAGGUAUAAAAGAAUUGGAUGGUCUGGAACAGAAGGCCAAGGCAAGUGGGGCUUGUCAGUUAGUAGUGAAGGAUCUGAAGGAGGAGUUUGUAAAAGACUAUGUAUUCCCUUGCUUGCGAGCUGGUGCAAUCUAUGAGAGGAAAUACUUGCUGGGGACCUCAAUGGCCCGUCCUGUUAUUGCUAAGGCCAUGGUAGAUGUUGCCAAAGCAGUUGGAGCUGAUGCCGUUGCUCAUGGAUGCACAGGGAAAGGAAAUGAUCAGGUUCGGUUUGAGCUGACCUUUUUUGCUCUCGACCCCAAACUUAAUGUGGUGGCUCCUUGGAGGGAAUGGGACAUUACGGGUAGAGAAGAUGCUAUUGAAUAUGCUAAGAAGCAUAAUGUGCCUGUCCCAGUGACAAAGAAAUCCAUAUACAGCAGAGAUGGGAACUUAUGGCACCUUAGUCAUGAGGGUGAUAUUUUGGAAGACCCGGAAAAUGAGCCGAAGAAGGAUAUGUUCAUGUUAUCUGUCGAUCCAGAAGAUGCACCGAAUGAACCUGAGUAUGUAGAUAUUGGGAUCGUUUCAGGAAUUCCAGUUUCAGUUGAUGGACAAGAGCUUUCACCAGCUUCUUUGCUUACGAAGCUUAAUGAGAUUGGCGGAAGACACGGAAUUGGUCGUGUUGACAUGGUUGAAAACCGUCUUGUUGGUAUGAAGAGCCGUGGAGUCUAUGAAACUCCUGGAGGCACCAUCCUAUUCGCUGCUGCACGAGAGUUGGAGUCCUUAACUUUGGAUCGUGAAACAAUGCAAGUUAAAGACUCGCUUGCCCUCAAAUAUGCAGAGCUAGUCUAUGCAGGCAGGUGGUUCGACCCACUUCGUGAGUCCAUGGAUGCAUUCAUGGAGAAAAUCUCGGAGACAACAACGGGAUCAGUAACUCUAAAGUUGUACAAGGGUUCGGUCACUGUAACUAGCCGUAAGAGUCCAUAUAGCCUGUAUAGGCAAGACAUCUCUUCAUUUGAGAGCGGAGAUGUGUAUGAUCAAGCCGAUGCAGCUGGGUUUAUUAGGCUAUAUGGUCUCCCCAUGAGGGUGCGGGCAAUGCUUAAGGAGGGGAUCUAGGUUCUUUUGUAUUGUUUGUUGUUUGAAACAGCUAAGAAUUGAGUUCUAUUUGGUAUUUGUAGUAAUUUCUAGCCUUGACCAGCUUUAAUAUGUGCCGAUUGUACAUUCUGUUUUUUUUUUCCCUGUACAUUCAACCAAAAAUUACUUUCAACA